AUGCGGCCCUUAACAGAAGAAGAAACAAAGUCCGUCUUUGAGAAGCUCGCCAACUACAUCGGCAAAAACCUCGUGCACCUCAUCGACCGCGACGAAGACGACGAGUACUGCUUCCGUCUCCACAAAGACCGUGUCUACUACCUCCCCCUCCCCAUGCUGCACUUUGCCACCUCUGUUGCCCGGCCCAACCUCGUCUCCCUCGGCACGUGCUUUGGCAAGUUUUCAAAGACUGGAAAGUUCAAGCUGGGUAUCGCGAGUUUGGAUUAUCUGGCAAAGUAUGCCAAGUACAAGGUGUGGAUCAAACCCUCCGGAGAACUUCCUUUCCUGUACGGCAACCACGUCGCCAAAGCCCACCUCGGUCGUAUAACAGAAGACACCCCCGAACACCAAGGUGUUGUAGUGUACAACAUGUCCGAUGUGCCAUUAGGCUUUGGCGUGACUGCCCGAUCGACGCUGGAUACCCGAAAACUCGACCCUACUGGUAUUAUCGUGUUCCACCAGGCGGAUGUUGGAGAGUUCUUGCGUGAUGAGGAUACCAUGUUCUAA